CAAAAGACAGCCUUUAACUUCUCGUGUUUCCUCCCAAGCAUCCAGUUAUUCCUCUUUAUCAUCAACUCAUGGCACCGCGCCUUGUUUCCCUCCAUAAACACACACAUGCAAACACACAACUACAAGCUUCCGAACACAAUCCAUUCACUCCUGUGCUCUCUCUCCCUGCCUCUCUCUCUCUUCUGUUAAAGCCUCUCAUAUUCCCACAAGCGAAGACGCGCUUUGGAACAAUUGGAUGAAGCUGCUUUCUCCACCUCACAGGACUAAAAACACCGGUUUUCACUGAUUUUCUUUUCAGCAACAACGUUUUAGUGAUAUUUCCAAAUCGGGUUUUUCGAAUUGUUCUGAUUUUUUCAAGUUUUUAGACGCGGAUUCCCGGAUAACGAGAGUUUUACGCAUUUCUCGGAUCCAGCCACGCAGCCACGCAGGAGGGACUUCUUCUCAUCAGCUGCUUUCUCGCAAUAAAACCAGGAAUACUCUCUCUGCAGGGGGAUUACAAGACGACUUUAAAUAGACACAGUGUGUUAAAAGGAAUAAUUAGUGUCCGCCUCCAUUGUCUCCAGCGCGCACACGCUCCGUUCUCUCCAUAUGGCGUAAACGCGCCGAAUAAAGUCUCCAAAAGAGGUACUUUGGCAGCUUCAGGUUCCAGUUUGAUCCGGACAAAGUGUACAAAUGACAAACCCUCGUCUCCAUUGAGCAGCUCGGAUGCUGGUUCCGACCCUGAACGGGAACUGAACCGUCUCCUGUCAGCUUCAUUUCCUCCUUCAUGGCUUUUCUCUGGACGUAGAGAGGAUCAUGGCUCUUUUACUUUCCUCCAGGUCGCAGCAUAAUCUGUCUGCCUGAUGGUGAAAACACUGCUUUUGUAAAGAAAAGGUGAAGCAUGACUGCAGCAGCAGGUGUCCUAACAGGCUUGGCCAAGCUAAAGCGCCAAGACUCGGCCCGCUCUCAGCAUCGACCUAUAUCAGCAGCAUCGGGGCUGGGGAACGGCGGCGCUGAUGGAGCACCGAGAAAGCGGAAGCGGCGCACCGAUGUCGUGGUGGUCAGAGGAAGACUCCGGCUGUACUCGGCCUCUGGCUUUUUCCUCCUCCUCGGACUGGUGAUCUUGGCCAUAGGGAUUGGCAUGGCGACGCUGGGUUACUGGCCUCACAGUAAAAGUGUUCCAACCGGAGGAGGCCGUGGAGUCGAGGCCGAGAAGGACGUGGCCAACAUGAGUCACAGUGUACAAGAUUCACCAUCCAAGCCGCCUGAGGGCGUCCUGAUGCGUUUCCUCGAUCAGCAUCUUCAUUCUGAGAGGAUGAAGAUGCUCGGGCCCUUCACCAUGGGCAUUGGGAUUUUUAUCUUCAUCUGUGCUAAUGCCAUCCUUCACGAAAACAGAGACAGAGAAACGAAGAUUAUCCACAUGAGAGACAUGUACUCCACUGUCAUCGACAUCCAUCGUCUCAGGCAGAAGGAGCUAAAACAAAACCAUCAUCGCAACAGCACCUGCGCAAGAGAAGCCAUAGAUAUUCGAGCUUUUGGAGCCGAUACGGCAGCUCGUUUGGCUAGCAACUCCCUGCUAGCGUUCUCCACCCGGCCCGGAGGCAUUACUGGGUCUACAGAAGAGGAAGAGGUGCUGUUAGAGGACGAGGAACUUCAGAGAUGCAAAGAGCAAGUUAAGUUGGAUUGUAGCUUUGCAGGGCUGCUGGCGCCGCUCUACAAGGAUCGGUCAUAUUGUAGCGCUGGACUCGGUUUGACUCACUCGGAUUCGAUGCGCCAUCAGUGGUCGGUGGAUGGAGAUGGGGAGAAGGGAGGACACCACGCACGAUCAAUUGUCUCCUCCUCCAUCUCGGCAUUUACUCUCCCCGUUAUUAAACUCAACAACUGUGUGAUCGAUGAGCCGGAGAUGGAGGCAAUAACUGAGGAGGACAGAGGAGCAGAGAGGCGAGACGGCGAGAGGCCACCACCGUUGAGCUCCAUGGAGUCUCUGGUGGUUCCUGUAGCAACUGUCACUAAGGCGUCCAAGCCACCGGGUUUACACCGGAGCAACUCUGCCUCCUCUUCCUCCCGAUGCUCCUCCUUCUCCUCUUCCUCCCUCUCCCCGGCUCCCUCCUCUACCUCAGGCUGCUGGCUUUCUCCUGGUGCAGCGAGGAACGACUUUGGCUCCAACUCCUCUCUACACAUGCUCAACAGCCAUUCCAAAUCUCUGGACCUGGAGCGUGGACCGAGCAUGCUCAGUGUGCACCCGGAGCAGCGCAAGCACCCCAGCUGGCCCAGACUGGACCGUAGCAACAGCAGCCGGAUUAACAGCGGAAACCGAGGCAGCAGUAAAGGCUACGUUCGGCUGGAGGACAGGGAAGAGCAGGGGGAUCGACUCCUGGAUGCCUCACAGUCGGCGACAGCAAGACGUGACUACAGCAAACGAGAGAAGCUCCUCAUGAUAUCCAGGUCACAUAAUAAUCUGAGCUUCGAGCAUGACGAGUUCAAUAGCAGCACACUGAAGAGAGGCAGCUCUGAGACUCGAUUCUGACAGUUCCAUCCUGUUCUGUAAAUUGCUCUCCACACAGUGGGGGUUUACAGCUUGGAUCGGAGGGAGCUGACGAGUUCAACAGCUUCACUCCGGAGAGAGGAAACUCAAACGUGGCUGAGAAGACAUCUUUUUUGAGCGACAGGUUGGAGUGAAAUGGACCAGCUGGCACAGUUACAGGUUCAGGCCUUGUGUUAGCGAGAUGCUACCUGCCUACCCAGUCCCGGGUCAGAGCUGUUCUUGGCUGUAGGUGACCUAUGACCUCUGUGAAGGGAAGCAAGUGCCCUCCAGGAUCAAUGAUCAAUUAAACAGAUCAUGUUCCAUUAUCAGUCUACUUUAUACAGAAAUAGUUCUGAUUAACCGGAUUUAAACACUAAGACAAGGCUUUAUGAAUACUGCUACAACAGGUAUUAAAGUGUUCUUCUUUUAAAGAGCCCAUAUACUGCAGAUUUACAGGUUUAGAGUUUCAUUUUUGGCUUUUCAGUUGUUUCCACUGCACCGCACUGGAACAAUAGUUACCAGACAUAACUCAAGUUCUGUUACCAUGUAGAAGAUAGGAUAUUGGAGCUCGGUUGUUGCCUAUAUGGCGAAUUUAACUAACAGAAGAAUGCAAACCAACAAGGAAAUUAAGAGGGCAGAAAAAUUAUGCUAGUUGCCAUUUCUGUGUUUCACCAGUAAGCGUGUACAUCCUCACAGUGGUGUUUCAGAGCCACUUUGAUUUUCUUCUUUGAAAAUGACCCUGAAAAAGUUCUACAGAGGUGGAACACGCAUCAAGGUUCAAACUGUGCUAAUGUGUUCUUAAAGUGGUAGACGUCCUUUUAUUCACAUGCUUUAAUGUCCCAAAAACAUAUUAUUUUUCUCAUUCUGUACAGGGCUGCAGCUCAUCUUCUGUCGGAAACACUAUUCUAGCUUCUGUCUCUUUAAGGCCCGCCUUCUCUAAAAGCCCAAUUUGCUCCGAUUGGUCAAAGAUGAGGUAAUGUUGGUUAUGUACCACAACUCUAAGUCAUUAUAUUACAGGAAAUUGGGGUAUAAAGAUAGGUGAAGGCUCUGUUACGUAACCUGUAGGUUUUUUCUGCAGAGUGGUUUUUAACUCAAUACGAUUCCAUACUGCUAAUUAUGCAUAAUUAUAAACCUUAAACUUGGUUUGGGCGGUAUCCAAAUUUUGAUACCGUCAAACUUCCUUCCCAUUUUACUGGGGUAUACGGUAUUACCGUGACUAUUACUGUUACUGGCUUGUGCCUUCACGUUCGGAAAUUGAAUACCAAACACUAUUACUGAAUAAUAACAUAACAUGCAUAUUAUAAACAACUUUUAUUAAUACAAAAAUGCAGAUUAGAAAAAAGUGCAAAAUACAACAGGACCUGCAGUGCUGAAAACCCACUCUGAUGGUGACCUUGUGGCACAGACGCACAGGUACUUUCGGGCCAGCCACGACAUCUGGGGAAAACGACUGGCAGCAUAUUUCCACCAGAGAAGUGGGUCCUCGUCUCCUUGAAUGACAGGCUCCAAACAGUAGGCUGUUAAUUCAGCGCCAGCUCGCUCGUCUGCAGUGCCGACUGGACCGGCCGCUGCAGGUCGUUUUUGCAGAAGGGUUCCCAGAGACAUCUUUUUUCGUGGGGGUCCGGGUUGUGCCACUUCCAUUUUGAUGGCCACUGCUGCUGGUGCUGCUUGCCCCUCUAAGCUCAUGAUCUCAGCCUGUAAUUCAGCCUUGAUUUCACUCAGUGUGUUAUCAUCAGUCUCAUAUCCUCCACGGUAAUGAGGGUCAAGGAAAGUGCACUUUCGCAUUAAUUUGCGCACUGAAUCAGUUUCAUACUUGGUCUCCAGCUUUUUAAGAAUUGCAGUUUUUAUUGACUUUGUUACCUUGAGGUCGUUUUCUGAUGUAGCCAACACAUUCUCCCAAACUGCAGAAGUUGUGUUCUUUUUUGACACCAAGUCACUCUGUGCGGGAUCUGCCAUACCCACCCCCCUUCCUGCACUGUCAUGUGAUAAACUUAUUGGAAAGUCUCCAAAAGUAGGCUAAAACAUAACUGUUUAAGUAAAACUGAAAAUUCAACCACACAUAAGUGCUACUGGACAUAGAAUCAAUUUUAGGCAUUAAAUGACUUUUAUUUAAUAUUUAAUCCUUAUCUCCUGUAUAAAAGCAUUGCAUUUUUUUCAUGACAGUAUUGGAACUGAUACCGCUGCUAUUUUUAAACCCCGGCAGUAUACGGUAUUAGCGUAAUACCGCCCAAGCCUACCUUAAACCAAUUUAAACAGUUGAGCUAUGUAAAAGUCACAUCCAGUAAAGUUGUUAAAACAGGAGAAAUAGCUAUAGAGAACAAAAUAGUGUUCUGUUUCAGGCUGUAAAUAUGUUCAUUUCGUCUGUGAAGUUGGACAUUUUAACAUGGGGGUCUAUGAGGACUGGACCCAGCCUCCAGUGGAUGUUAGAGGAACUGCAGCUUGUCCCAGAUUUCUGAGUAUCAUCAUGUAGCUCUAGCAAAAGCAGCUCUAGUGAAAAAAUCUGCUCACUCUUUCUUUGAAGGCCAAACUAGCCGCCAGGCAGACGUUACAUAAAUGCAUUACAUGGUGACAGAAGAAAAGAUUGAACUUGAAACGAGGUGUUUCGGGCAGGUAAGGAGCAGCAUUUUCUGUGGGAGAGAGUAACUCCCUUUGGAGUGGAUUUUGAGCUUUGUGAAUUUGCAGAUCUGUUACAUGCUCACAAAGAAGCAGCUAUAUAACACACUGAAGGACAGGAGGAACAUGAAAAGCAGAAUGUGGGCUCUUUAAAGUGAAAUCAAGGACACGCAGGAAGCUUUUUGAGCAAAUUUUUUCCUCUGUAAAAUGACACGAAGACAAAUGUCCAAGUCUCCAAGAUGAUAAUAAUAGUAGUAAUAAUAUAUUUAAUUGUAUAGCACAUUUGAAACGGUUACAAAGUGCUUAAUGUGGUUGUAUAGAAGACAUGAAAACUGAUCCAGAACCUGUUUGUAAGUUAUAGCUUGGUUGAUGCUACAAUGAGGCGCUAACAUCCAAAAGGUAUAGAUAUUAGUGGUACUUGUUUUAAUGGCGGUUACUGUAUGUUUGUAUAAUGUGGAGGUAGGUCCACACAGACAGCAAAGUCAGACAAAGCCAGUUAAUUCCAGUUACUACAAGGUGGAAGCCUGCAGAAUACAAACUCUCAGUGUUACUGCCCUUUCCCAGGAGCUAUAGUAGGAACAUUUGGCUCCGAUAUCUGCCCAACAACACAUGGCCCCGCCUGCAAACUAGAAAUAACAACCCUCUCUGUACGGCUCUGCUGCAGGCACUUUAAGGUUUUCUUUUACAAGAUUAAACCGUAAUUAGAUUUCACUCAGGAUAUGCAAUCUGUUGUUCACACACAGAGUUUUUUUUUUCCAACAUAGAGGAAUUUUAGACGUCUCCCCAGAAGAGGUCUGAGCCGGAGCCAAAGGAAACUCACCAGCGCCAAAAUGAUAAGAGUUUAGCAUAAACAUUUUUGUAAGCGGUUUUGUAAAUUGGAGAUUCAUUUACUGAAAGACCGAAAAAUAGACAUCUUGUUUAUCAAAUGGUCAGAAAUAGCAAGGAAAAAUGCAGAUUUCUGCCAAAUAACGUCACUCAGAGUCAUGAAUAGUUACCAUGCAAAAGCCAAGUCUGAGCCAGAAAUACCCAAAUCUAUUUACUGUAUGAGAAACCCUGGUGUAUACUGAUCAGUCCACUGGAAAUGUAUAUCAGCUGCUGGAAAUUUAUCACAUUCAUAAAUUAGACCUCUUCAACAGUCAAAAAUAGCAACAAAAACGUAUUCAAUAUACAAAUAAACAUCUAAUCAGAAAAUCUACUUCAUAAAUGACAAUUUUCAAGAAACUUAGACAUCUUUUUUUACUGUAACUGAAAUAUUCUUGAAUCAUUUUAUGUUUUAAUAACAAAUGUUACACAUGAGCCCAGAAUAAAUCACCACAUCCACAUGUAUCUUGUGCUGCAACAAUAAAUUGCUGUUUCCUGUUCUUUUCCUACAUGUAAUGAUGGUUUCAGGACUGAAUUCAGGAACUUGUGUAACAAAUCCAAUGCCUCUCAAAGGCUCAGUAUGUCUGUUUUAGGUUCUGUUUGGUUCGUCAGCUACCUUAACACUUGUGUAAAUGUCCUUAGAAAUAUGUGAAGAGUAACACAUGUCAUUAUUUUGGCUCUGCCAUGAUGUCUGGUUGCUGGAGAACCCUUUCUAAUAGAGCAGGAAACUUGUGAGAGAGUUUGACUUGUCACUGUCCGAUUUUAAGCUCUCAGAAUAAACUGUAAUUUUGCUGAAA